ACGAACAGACGUAGAGCAGUGGAAUAUGGCUGGAGAAACAGUAAUUUUGGCCUAUUCUGGUGGCCUAGACACUAGCUGCAUUCUUAAAUGGUUGUUGGACAAGCAGUAUGAGGUCAUCUGCGUCUUAGCCGAUGUUGGUCAGCAGGAGGACUUUGUCGCCGCCGAGAAGAAAGCUCUCAAAAUUGGGGCUAAAAAGGUGAUCGUGGCCGAUGUGAAGCAGUCCUUCGUGGAGAACUAUAUCUGGCCGUCCAUUCAGAUGGGUCUCGUCUACGAGGAGCGCUAUCUGCUGGGCACUUCUCUGGCCAGGCCCUGCAUCAGUGUGGCCCUAAUGGAGGCAGCCCGCCAGUGUGGAGCCAAGUAUCUGGCCCAUGGAGCCACCGGAAAGGGAAACGACCAGGUGCGCUUCGAGCUGUGCGCCUACGCCCUCAAACCGGAUCUUAAGAUCAUCGCUCCCUGGCGGGAUGUGGAGUUCUGUCGUCAGUUUCAGGGACGCCAGGACUUAAUUGCCUACGCCCAGCAGCACGGAAUCGAGGUGAGCGCCAAGCCGGCCACUCCUUGGAGCACCGAUGCCAAUAUCCUGCACAUCAGCUACGAGUCCGGCAUCCUCGAGGAUCCCAACACAGUGGCUCCGACUAAUCUUUACGAGAUGACCGUCGAUCCUUUGACCAAGGCGCCUCGUGACCCGGUUCGCUUGGUCAUCCAGUUUGAUCAGGGACUGCCCACCGGUGUGAAGGAUUUGGCAAGCAGCCGUGCUUAUACCAAACCAUUGGAGAUGCUGGAAUUUCUCAACAAGCUGGGUGGAUCUUAUGGCGUUGGGCGUAUUGACAUUGUCGAAAAUCGCUAUGUGGGGCUUAAGUCUCGAGGAGUGUACGAGACGCCCGGAGGCACUAUCCUGUUCGCUGCUCACCAGGACCUCGAGGUCUUCGCCUUGGACCGGGAAGUGCUGCGCACCAAGCAAGUCCUGCGGGAUCGGAUGGCCGACUACGUGUACAACGGGUUCUGGUUCAGUCCGGAGGCGAUUUAUGCCCGUCGAUGCAUCGAGUUGGCCGAGCAGCGAGUCUCCGGAACGGUGACCGUGGAAUUGGCACCCGGUUAUUGCCGCGCCAUCGCCCGAAAGGCGGCGGAGGAUGUCGGCGCCCUUUACAACGAGCAGCUCGUAUCCAUGGAUGUCCAUGGUGGUUAUGUGCCGCAGGAUGCGGGCGGCUUCAUCGCCAUCAAUGCGGUCCGGAUUAGGGAACAUGUCCGGGCAUUCGGUGCCUACGAAGUGCCGAAGGACGACAAAUAACUAAGCCAUAAUUUUCAAAAAAUACAUUCAAGUUUUUUUAAUACUAA